CAGAGACAGCGGAAAACAACGAGCUGGAGGUUUAUUUGGAGGAAAUCAGUUGUUGUUUACUCAUUUAUUUACCUUGUUAGGAAGCAACAGCAAUGGAAUUAUGAGUUUGUAAUAAUUCUAUUGUUAUAAAAACGUAUUAUGGUGUUUUUCCCCUUUUAUUAUUUAAUAUAAAAUGUAAUUUAAAAUCUAAUCUCUAUUCUUGUUGCGUAAUAUAACCAGAAUGUAUUUCCCCAGUGUAUUUAUUAUUUAUUUAUUUGCUUAUUUUCUCAUCAGUGAGCCUGGACCAGACUCCUCCACGUCCCUCCUCCUCCUCUUCCUCCUUCUCCUCCUCCUCCUCCUCCUCCUCCUCCUCCAGUCGACUCGUCCCCCACACCCAGAGCUCAGAUUCGGCCUGAAGCUGCACCAGGCCGGGCCCAGGGAUUCUCCCACCGCGGUGUGAUCACCUGCUCCGGGUCUCCUGCUCACUCAGACUCCGGUUUUGGAGCCGCUUCCUCCGAGGCAGGAUGGCAGAAGCCGAGCUCCAGAGCUUCACCUCCAUCAUGGACGCGCUGGUUCGCAUCAGUUCCAACAUGAAGAGCAUGGAGCAGGAGCUGCACUGUCCGGUGUGCGAUGAGAUGGUGAAGCAGCCGAUCCUGCUGCCCUGCCAGCACAGCGUCUGUCUGCUGUGUGCCGCCGAGGUCCUGGUUCAGAGAGGAUACCCUCCUCCAGACCUCCCACCGGAGCCCAACUCUCCAGCCUCCACGCCCAACACCAGGUCCCCCCGGCAGGGACGAAGACCUGCACCCAGGACCCCCGACCGCCUGGAGAGAGUCCUCAGAACAGUGUGUGGGACGUAUCCGGGGCGACGGCGGCGGGAUGCGGCUCCUCCCCCGAUGCUGUUCCCGUGUCCGACCUGCCGGCAGGACGUGGAGCUCGGAGAGAAAGGCCUGAGCGACUGCCUCCGCAACCUGACGCUGGAGCGCAUCGUGGAGAGGUACCGGCACACGGUGAGCCUGGGCAGCGUCGCCAUCAUGUGUGGGUUCUGCAAAGCGCCUCAGUCUCUGGAGGCCACCAAGGGCUGCGCCGACUGCAAGUCCAACUUCUGCAACGAGUGCUUCAAACUGUACCACCCGUGGGGGACGCCGAGGGCCCAGCAUGAACACAUCCUGCCCACCAACAACUUCAGGCCAAAGGUCCUGACGUGCACGGAUCACGAGCAGGAGCGCCUCCAGUGGUAUUGCCGUAGCUGCCAGCGGCUGCUGUGUCCGCUCUGUAAGCUACGACGAGUCCACCACGGGCACAAAGUCCUUCCGAUAGCUCAGGCCUACCAGGCGCUCAAGGACAAGAUCACCAAGGAGGUGAACUUCAUUCUGGCCAACCAGGAGACGAUACAGAGUCAGAUCGCUCAGCUGGAGGCCUCCAUCAAACACAUGGAGGCCAACAGCGCCGUAGCUCUGCAGCAUCUGACCCACAGCAUCCGAGAGCUGGGAGCCGCCGUGGCCGAGCGUCAGGGAACGCUGGCUCUGGCCCUGGAGGGAUCCCGAGGCCGGAGGGAGGAGGCUCUGUCGGCUCAGGUGUUCGAGAGGCAGGGCCUGCUGGAGCACGCCGGCCUCAUGGCCUACACCCAGGAGCUGCUCAAGGAGACCGACGCUCCCUGCUUCGUCCAGGCCGCCAGAGUCACGCACAGCAGGCUGGUGAAGGCCAUAGAAAACCUGCAGUGCUUCACUCUGGCUGCCGAUCCGUCAUUCAGACACUUUCACCUGGACGCAUCCAAGGAGGUCAAACUCGUCAACAGUGUGGAGUUUAUACAAGCUCCUCUGGCUCCGGUCAUCGACACCCAGAAGACUCUGGCCUACGACCAGCUGUUCCUGUGCUGGCGCCUCCCUCAGGAUUCGGCUCCGGCGUGGCACUUCUCCGUGGAAUACCAGCGACGAGCCGGAGGAGCCGCGGCCACGUGGGGCGGCACCAGAUCGCCCAACGCCGCCGUGGCCUGGCAGCGGCUGGACGAGGUGAAGGGAACCAGCGCCGUGGUGGACCGGCUGCAGAUGGACAGCGUCUACGUGCUCAGGGUCCGAGGAUGCAACAAGGCCGGGUUCGGGGAGUACAGCGAGGAGGUUUACCUGCACACUCCUCCUGCACCCGUCUUGAGCUUCUCCCUGGACUCUCGCUGGGGUUUGCACGCCGACCGUCUGGCUCUGGGUAGAGGUCAAACCUACGCCCGCAGCGUGCCGGGCCUCUCCCUGCUGCAGGCCGCCGACCGAGCGCUCACUUCCUGUCACCUGACGUCCGACCUGCUGGUGGCCGACCUGGCCGUGACUCAGGGACGACACUACUGGGCAUGCUCAGUGGAGCCCGGGUCCUACCUGGUGAAGGUGGGGGUCGGGCAGGAGGCGAAGCUGCAGGAGUGGUUCCACCUCCCUCAGGACAUGGCCAGCCCUCGCUGCGACCCGGACAGCGGCCAUGACAGCGGCGCUGAGGACGGCCAGGACUCUCCUCCGUUCUGCUUCCUGACGAUGGGGAUGGGGAAGAUCCUACUUCCUCCAGGACACUCCCAGAGCGACAGCCAGAGCCAGGGGGCCGUCCACUCCCACUCCCACUCCCACAGCAGCAGCCACGGCGGCCUGCCUCACCCCCACACCGCCCCGCUCCCGCCCCGGCUGGGGGUGUGUCUGGACUGCGAUAAAGGCCGGGUGUCCUUCUACGACGCCCACUCCCUGCGGGUGCUGUGGGAGGGUCUGGUGGACUGCUCGGCCCCGGUCUGUCCGGCCUUCUGCUUCAUCGGCGGCGGCGCUCUGCAGCUGCAGGACCUGGUGGCCAACCGGAGCAUCGAGGAGCCGCCGCCCCGGAGGGUCACCAUCCAGACCAGAGCCACCAACCUGAGCAAAUAGACGAGUGGGUAGGACCAGUUCACUCACAGCUCCAAGUCUGACGCCUCAGGUCACCAAAGGAUACACAAACACAGAGAUUCUGUGUGAGGAAGUCUGUGCUACCAAGGUUAUAAUGGAUUUAAACAGAUCAAAAACACGUAAAAGUAUAUACACGUCUGACAUAGGGUAGCCAACGAACAAUAUUAUGUUGUUUUCAGAGUGGCUUCACCUGUUAUACCUGCUAAAUGUAAUUUAAAACUAAUUUUGGACUAGUUUCAAGUCAAUUCUGACCUGUCUGAGUCCUUUUGACAGUCAUUUUUGACUCAUUUCAAAGCAUUCACAUAGUUUUCAACUCAUUUUAUGGACAGGUUUCAAGUAAUUCUGGGCAAUUUUGUGUCCUUGUUGACAAUUUUUGAUUCAUUUUGGACAAUUUUGAGUCCCGUUAGACAACUUUUGAAUCACUUUCGACAUGUUUUAAGACAUUUUGAACCAGUUUCAGUCAUUUUGGCCAAUUUUGCGUCCCGUUAGACAGUAUUUAAGUCAUUUAUCACAGAGUUUGGACAGCAUUCUAGUAAUUCUGGGCAAUUUUGCAUCCUUUUGGUGAUUUUUAAGUCAUUUUGUGCAAAUUUUAAAUAAUUUGACAGUUUCAACUCCUUUUGGACAGGAUUCCGGUCAUUUUUGAGUCACUUUGGACAUGCUCACAAACAUUUUACACCUUUUUUCUAACUACGGUAAUUUAGGACAAAUUUCAAGUCAGUUUUUGGCAUGUGUCCUUUUGGACAGGUCUGCAAUCAUUUUAGGUGAUACGGAAUCCUUUUUGGCAGCUUCUAAUUCAUUUUAGACAUGCUUUAAGACACUUCAGAUGCAUUUCAAGUCCUUUUGUGCAAUUUUUCAGUCACUUUAGACAUUUUUCAAAACAUUUUAGACUGCUUUUUAAACUUAUUUUACAACAUGUUUCAAAUCAGUUUGGACAGGCUUGAGUCCUUUUGGAUAAUUUUUGAGUCAUUUUAGACAGGAUUCCAGUCAUUUGGGGCAAUUUUAAGUCCUGUUGGGCAACAUUUUGAGUAAUUUGUGGCAAGUUUAAAGCAUUCAAGUAGUUUUCAACUCAGUUUGGAUGAUUGAUUAAAAAAAAAAGUUGUCUAACAGGACUCAAAAAUGGCCAAAAUAAAUAAAUGACUGGAAUGCUGACCAAGAUGACACAAAAAUUUAAUAUAAGGACUCAAAAUUGCUUAAAAAAUACUGAAACUAUUUUUGUCUUUUUGUACAAAAAGGCUGAAAAUUGUCCAAAAUGACUUGAAACUUGGCCUAAAUUAGCCGAAACAAACACAAAAUCUGUCAAAAAUGCUUUGAAAUGUGUCCACAACAUUGUACAGAAAGACUCAAAUUUGCCUAUAAAUUACCAAAAUCCUUUCCAAAAUGAGUUAAAACUGUUUGAAAUGCUUUGAAACUUGCCCAAAAUGUCUUAAAAAUUGCCUUAAAGAACUCAAAAUUACAUAAAAUGAUUCCAAAUUUGUCUAAAAUGUCUAAAAACAUGUCUAAAAUGAAUGGAAAAACUGUCAAGAAUGACUCAAAAUUGCCCAAAACGACUUGAAAGCUGUCCAAAAAUGAGUUGAAAUCAGUUUAACAAUGCUUUGAAACUUUGGCGUUUGGUGAACUGAGGCAGAAUUCUCGUCAGACUUUGAUCCUUGACCGAACUGUUGCUGUUAAUUCUGACGAUAAUUUUCCUUUUAAUGUGACUCUUGAGAUCUGACUAUAAUAUUUGAUCUGUUCUUUUGCGUUUGCACUUGGCCUGAAAUGAUCAAAUCUCUCUUCUGGCUUGUUUUACUUCUGUUUUCUCCUCUGGACGUUGUGGCUGAAGUGGUUUUAGACUAUGCAGAAUUCUGUUGACGGUCCAACACCUUUAGAGCAGGUUAAUGAAUGUCUGCCUAAAAAAAGAAGAAGAAAAUAUCUGCUUCUCCCUUUACACUUGUCUUAUUCCGUCCCAGAAUGAUUCGGGCAGCAAAGAGUUGCAUGCAAGUGUAACGAGGAUUCAUGAAUCUACCGUAUAUGCAGAUAAAGUGACUGUCGCCUUGUGCAAACACCUCAGAUGUACUGUACAGUUAAGAGUGGAAUUAUUCAUAAACGAGCAAAAUUAGGAUUUGGAGUGAAUUUUUAAUGGUUGAACUGAUUUUUUUCUGAUUGGAAAUGGCAUAAAUAAGUGAUAAAAGAUGGUAAAAAUGCUCAAUUCUCUUGUCGUUGACUUGUAACUGACUACUAGCCUCAGUUUUUAUUGUAUUAAAAUAAACUAAAUAUGACGUGGAUCAUUUAAGAGAGUAUAGAAACUGCAUUAUCCCAAAUGUUUUCUCACAAAAAUGUGAAAAAUGGAAGAAAAAAAUGUGCAAAUAGUUCAAAAUAAUCGUUUUUCUUUUAGCCCAGAAACAAUGUAACAGAGCUUUUCCAGUUUGCACUGUCAGAGAGGUUUCAUACCUGAGCAUAUAAAAUUUCAUGACUCCAGCUACAUUAUUUGAAAUGCUUUAAACUUUACAUAAUAUGACUUAAAAAAUGUCCCAAAGAACUCACAAUCUUGCAAGAUGACUCACAACUUAUCUAAAAUGUCUUAAAGCAUGUCUAAAAGGGAUGAAAAACUGUCAAAAAAUUACACAAAAUUGGCCAAAAUGACAGAAAUUCUAUCAAAAAUGUUAUGAAAUUUUCCCAAUGUGACUUGAUGGGAUGAAACUAUUUGAAUGCAUUGAAACUUAAAUUAUUAAAAAGCUGUACAACAGGACUCAAAACUGCUCAAAAUAUCUGGAAUCCUUUCAGAAUUAGUUUAAACUGUUUAAGUGCUUUGAAGCCUGCCCAAAAUGACACAAAAUUUGUCCUAAGUGUCUUAAAACACGUCUAGAAUGAAUUAAAAACAUUCAAAAAUGAUUCAAAAUUGUAUAAAAAGACUCAAAAUUGCCCAAAGUAACUUAAAACCGUUCAAAAAUGAGUGAAAAUCUGUAUAAAAUACAUUAAAACUUGCACAAAAUUAUUAAAAGGUUAACCAAUCCCGUCCAAAAUGACACAAAAAUAUCUUGAAGGACCCAAAAUUGCAAAAAAAAUGGCUUGAAAAUGUGUCAAAAUAUCUUAAAAGAUGUCUAAAAUGACUUAGAAAUAUCCAAAAAUAACUCAAAAUUGACCAAAAUGACUCAAAAAUUGUACAAAAAGACUCAAGAUUGGCCACAGUAACUUAAAAAGUUGCCAUAAAUUAGUUAAAAUCAGUCUAGCCCAGAAACAAUGUGCUAUAACUCUUCCAGUUGGAGACACUAGGUUUCAUACCUGAGCAUAUAAAAUUUCAUGACUCCAGCUAUAUUAUUUGAAAUGCUUUAAACCUUGCCAAACAUGACUUAAAAAUGUCCCGAAGAACUCAAAAUCUUGCAUGAUGACUCACAACUUAUCUAAAAUGUCUUAAAGCAUGUCUAAAAGGGAUGAAAAACUGUCAAAAAAUUACACAAAAUUGGCCAAAAUGACAGAAAUUCUAUCAAAAAUGCUUUGAAAUUUUCCCAAUGUGACUCAAAGUUUCAGAAAAUGGCACAAAACUUCCUCAAAAUGUCUUAAAAUAUGACUAGAGUGAAUUAGAAACAUUGAAAAAUAGCUCAGAAUUGCCCUUAAUGACUCAAAAAUUGGACAAAAUGAUUUAAAAUUGAGUUAAAAUCAGUUUAAAAUGCUUUCAAUUGUGCACAAAACCAUUAAAAACUUGUCCGAUCCUAUCCAAAAAGACUUAAAAAAUUCUCCAAAAUGACCCAAACCUCUCCAAAUUGAUUUGUCCUAUAGUUAACAAAUGGUGUAGCAAUGAAAAAAAUACAUAGAAAUAGUUAAAAUUCAUCGUAAACACAACAUUUUACUUUCUUUUCUCACUUUAGAUGUCAUUUCCAGCCUUAAGAAGCCUGCUGGUGAAGUAAAAAGUCACUUCAAGUCGAAUAUUUUUGUGGGCAUGAAUAAUUCCAGGCUUAACUUUAUGUCUAAUUUUCUAUCUUGAUUUUUUUUUUUAAAUGUAGCUUCGACAGCGUGAACAUACUGCAGCUAGAGAACGUGGAUAUUCUUCUGGUUGUGAACGGUGACGUUCUGCUGCGUCUAUAAAAGCCCCGUUUUGGUCUUUUCAGAAGUUAAAAGUGAUAAACUGUGACGUCUCAGUGAUUUGCACAUAAACAUCAACGAUCGGCUGCAGUAGAAAACAUUUUGUAAGCUCUGCUCCACUUUGACUUUUCAAUUGUUUUUCCCUCCGUAGUAGCUUACGGACCUCCAAAGGUCGCGUUUGGGGAAUGUAAGAGCGGGAGUUUUUACCGUCACGUUUUCAGGCUCCGACUGUAUUUUGAUAUCCGCUGUGACUUCCUGGUGGGUAAGUGUGUGAGCUCUCGUGCUUUUCUCUGGUUCGUACGUACGUUUGAGUCCCGUCACGGACGAUUCGUCCCCUCGUCGUUCCAGCGCAGCAUUCGGAUGACUUCAGACUGUAGCAUCGGAGGUCAGAACCUCCCAGUUCAGCCUCGCCGGCGGAAUGUUUCUGUCAUGUCAUGAGAAAAACAAUAAAAGAUCGACAACAUGGA